AAACCCGGCCGUAUACACACGAAAGCAUCUGUGAAUCCUGUCUUCCCCGCUUUCCCUCUUCCUCUUCCUCUUCCUCGUCUUCCUACUUUUCUCUCAAGAAAAAAGAACGCCUGCUUCUUCCAGCAGCCCACUAGAGAAGAAGCAGAGCCUCCAUCUCUCUCAUUUUCUCUCUCCUCAAUUUGAUUAGUACGACCCAAUUCUCCUGUUUUUCAAUGGGAUUACCAGUCAAUUGUUAAUCCCAAAUACCCAUUUGAUUCAUUUGCAGCAAAUUCGCAAUCCUUAAACCCCAUUUAUACAUGUGCCCCUUCAAAUCCAAGCUUUAGUUACCAAAUUAUGCCGACACCAAAGCUCAGAUACAUUACCAAAACCAGGUCUUUUCUCUCUCUUCUUCUCUUUUCAAACUCCUACUCCUCUUCAUCUUCUGCGCAUCACCUUUCAACCCCACCUAUAACUCGAUACCAAUUCGCAAACCCAGCUUCAGAAUCUAAAGAGAUUGCUUCUUCUUUUCGUGAUUGGUUCAGAACCUCAAAAAAACCAGUUUUUGAUAAGAUUUUCACGAUUUUGAACGCUGGAGGUGAUGAAGAUCUCGUUUUCACAAAGAAGGAGGAUUCGGGUAUUGGUCAAUUGGGUAUUACAUUGACAGAAUCGUUUGUUUUGGAGGUACUUAAUUAUAAAAAUGAUGAUAUUUUAAGUUGUUUGAAAUUCUUUGAUUGGGCUGGUAGGCAACCCUAUUUUAAUCAUACUCGUUCUACUUGUGUUGCGCUUUUUAAGAUUUUGGGUCGUGCUAAGCUUACUUCUACAAUAGUAGAUUUGUUAGAUAGUUUAACUAAGCAGAGAAGUAUGCAUAGGGUUAGGUUUAAUGAUAUGCUUGUGAUGGGGUAUGCUUUAGCAGGGAAACUUGAUGUUGCACUCCAGGUGUUCGGUAGAAUGCGCUUUCAUGGGCUUGAUUUGGAUGGGGUUGCUUAUCAUAUUCUUUUGAAUUCGUUGGUGGAGGAAGGGUGUUUCGACGUGGUGAAAGUCGUGUUGGAGCAAAUUAGGAUGAGAGGGCUCCAGAAUGCAGUCACUCAUAGUAUUGUAAUGAAGAAUUUGUGUAAGCAGGGUCAGCUGGAAGAGGCGGAGAAGUAUUUGCGCGACUUGUUGAAUGACAAGAAGACAUUGCCAGGGCGUAUUUGUUCUGUGCUUGUGGAAGCUCUUUGUAAGGACAAAAGGUUUUCACACGCUGGUAUGUUAAUCCAGGAGUUUGGGGAGAUGGAAGCUUUUCCUUUGGAUGAGGUAUAUGGUAUUUGGAUUAAGAAUCUUGUACAAGCUGGGAAAUUAGAUGAUGCUAUGGAAUUUUUUCGCACCAAAAAUUCCGAGGAAGGGUAUAUUCCUGAAGUGUUCAGGUAUAAUAUUUUGAUUUGUAGGCUUCUUAAGGAAAAUCGCCUCAAAGAGGUUUUUGAUUUGUUGUUGGAUAUGAAAGAGAACAAAAUUGUGCCUGAUAAGGUGACCAUGAAUGCUGUCUUGUGCUUUUUCUGCAAGGCUGGAAUGAUGGAUGUUGUACUCAAUUUGUAUGAUAUGAAGGCUGAAUUUGAAUUUACUCCACAUAGUUUGGUAUAUAAUUAUGUUAUAAAUACUCUAUGUGGUGAUCAAAGCACCGAUGAAGCAUAUCAGAUGCUGAAGAACACAAUGAAACGGGGUUACUUCCCUGGUAAGAGGACCUUCUCUGUUCUUGCUGACGCUUUAUGUAGGGAGGGUAAACUUGAUAAAAUGAAAGACCUAGUUAUAUUUGCCAUGGAGCGUAAAUUCAUUCCUGUUGACUCCGCGUAUGAGAAAUUCAUUAGAGCCCUUUGUCGGGCUAAAAGGGUUGAAGAUGGUUACGUGAUCCAUGGAGAGUUAAAUAGAUUAAAUAAAACACCAAGUGAAACUACAUAUUCAUACUUGAUAUCUGGCUUCAAUCAGGCAAGCAGGGGAGAUUUUGCUUCCAGACUUAUCAUUGAAAUGCAAGAUAAAGGUCAUGCACCAUCGGACAGACUGUUUAAGUCUGUUGUUCAUUGUGUAUGUGAAAUGGAGAAUCCUGAGAAGCACUUUCUGCAUUUGUUGGAGAUGCAGUUAUCUCGCUUUGGAUCUGACCAGCGUACUUUCAGUUACUUUAUAUACGGGGCAGGGCAUGCCAAGAAGCCUGAGCUUGCUAGAGCAGUUUAUGAAAUGAUGGAGAGAGCUGGAAUUGUCCCUAAUUUGAACUCAGAUAUUCUUCUGCUCAAGUGUUACCUGAAAAGUGGAAAGAUAGCUGAUGCACUAAGCUUAUUUGAUGAGUUCAGCAGAAGAAGGAUGGCGGGUAGGAAGAUGUACAAUACCAUGGUGGUUGGCCUUUGCAUAUCCGGGAAGGAAGACUAUGCAUCAGCCAUAUUGAAACAAGCAAGAGACAAUGGAUUGACCCCUAGCCUGAAUAGUUACGAGGAGCUCAUCAAGCUGUAUUGCUCUAAAAAUAAAUAUGAUCAUGCUAUUGAAUUAAUUAAUGACCUAGAGAAGGUUGGACGUAAGAUUUCAUCUUUCCUUGGCAAUGUACUUUUGUUGCACGCAAUGCGUUCUUCUGGAGAUUUACACAAGGCAUGGCUUCGCUCAAGAGAUGUAUCUAAUGAGACACCUAGUAGUAAAAUGCUUGGUCAGUUAGUUGAAGUGUUUUCUUCCCGUGUUUCAUUGGAUUCCAAGGCUGAGGACUUGGAAGAAGUAAUUCAGAAAUGCUUUCCUCUCGACCUUUUCUCAUACAACAUGAUGUUGAGAAAAUUAAGCAUCAAUAAGAUGGAUGAAGCUUGCCAACUGUUUAAGCGAUUGUGUCAAAAAGGGUAUCAACCAAAUCGAUGGACUUAUGACAUAAUUGUUCAUGGCCUAUACAAGCAUGGUAGAAUAGCUGAAGCUGAACUGUGGGCAGACCAAAUGUUACGGCGGGGAUAUGUUCCAACUGAAUGUACCCACGCGUUCAUUUGAAGAAAGCUUACAUGGUCAAACACCACGAAAGCACAGGUGGAUUAGAGGCUCGUAUUCUACUUUCUAGAGGUAGCUCGUUGGAUGACCAUUGGAUCCAAAUAGAUGUCUGUAUGGUAGAAAGUUGAUAGAUUGUUAUUGCAAAUCUGGAGGUGAAGCUCUUUCAAGUUUCCUUCUACUUCAGUAAAAGGUGCAUAAUUAACUAGUUGCGAAAAAAUUUGACGGUUGAGAUGUUAUUGGAGUUACUGAUCAGCACGCCAAAAGAAUUUUAAUGUUACACACUCUUGCUGCGGAUCAGAAUCAUACUAGGGUUUGGGGCCUGGUAGUAGAGCAGGCUGUCAGAUCAUAACCUUAUCUGGUCAGGAAUGAUGGUUUUGCUGAUAUCUAAUCUUGGUGUUUGAUCAUUCUCACUCGUCACUUUUCUUCCAAAUUGUUACUUGAAAUUUGAUGCUGGAUAUGCAAGUGCCUCUUCCAAUUGUUCAACCUGUUAGUCAGAUUCACAGAUGGUGAACUUUUUCAGGAGUUACUGGUAAAUGUUUCAGGAUUUUUUUUGGCUCCAUUGAGAAGAUUGCUUUUACAAGCUUGUGGAAAGCUACUCUUGUUGUAUUUAUAUUACUGUAGGUUCAGGAAUAUCCAGGACAACAGUAGAAAGUCCUAUUCAAUUUCUAUCUUCUUUUUUAUGAUAGUUCAUCUAGUUACACAGAUAUGCAAAUAACAUAGGGAGUAGUAGUCUCGUUAGAAGAAGAAAACGGGCAAAGACAGUGUUAUUGAAAAUAAAAGGAGUGAUAUAUAUCAUCAAAUUUUGCUUUCUUUUCUUUU